GUCGAUCCCGAUCCAAUCCAGCUGAUCCAGGCCGGGAUUUGGGGGUCGAUCCAGCCCCGAUCCGUCGGAUCCAGGCCGGGAUUUGGGGGUCGCGCUCCCGCCUCGGCCCGGCCAUGGCGGCCGAAAAACCCGCUCCAGCCUUGCUCCGCCUACCUGCCCGUCUACCCCACUUUUGGCUCCGCCCCCUCCGGCCCCGCCCCCGGGGCUCUCCCCGGCGCUGUGGGCGGGGCCGGGGGGGCGGGGCUGGGCCCCCCCCUGGGUUUGGGGGUCCCCGAGGGGCAGCGGGGGGCGCCCCCCCACGAUUACCUGCCCAUCGCCGUCCUCACCACGCUCUGCUGCUUCUGGCCCACCGGCGUCGUCGCCAUCGUCAAAGCCGUGCAGGUGCGCGCGGCCGUGGCUCGCGGGGACAUCGCCAGCGCCGAGAUCGCCUCGCGGGAGGCGCGGAAUUUCUCCUUCAUCAGCCUGGCCGUGGGCAUCGCCGCCAUCGUCCUGUGCACCAUCCUCACCGUCGUCAUCAUCAUCGCCGCCCAGCACCACGACAACGACUGGGACCCCUGAGAGACCCCCGAAAAUCACCUGGGGGGCCCCAAAAAUGGGUCUGGGGGGAGAAAACUGGGAAAAAAUCUGAUUUUUGGGGAAAAAACGGCGCUAAAAUCGCACAAAAAUCUGAUUUUUGGGGAGGUUUUGGAGAGAAAAUAGGGCCUCAAAAUGGAAAAAAAUCUGAUUUUUUGAGACUCAAAAUGAAAAAAAUCUGAUUUUUUGAGCCUCAAAAUGGAAAAAAUCUGAAUUUUACAGAGGUCUGGGGAGAAAAGUGGAAAAAAAUCUGAUUUUGGGGUUAAAAAGGAAAAAAAAUGGCACAAAAAUCUGAUUUUUGGGGAGGUUUUGGGGGGUCUCACCAUCGUCAUCAUCAUUGCACAAUGACAAUGACUGGGACCCCUGAAAUCACCCCAAAAAACGGGGCUGGGGGAGAUCUGGGGAGAAAACUGGGAAAAAAUCCGAUUUUUGGGGAAAAAACGGCGCUAAAAUCGCACAAAAAUCUGAUUUUUGGGGAAUUUUUGAGGUUAAAAUUGGCCUCAAAAUGGAAAAAAAUCUGAUUUUUGGGGAGGUUUUGGAGAGAAAAUAGGGCCCAAAAUGGAAAAAAAUCUGAUUUUUUGAGCCUCAAAAUGGAAAAAAUCUGAAUUUUAGAGAGGUCUGGGGAGAAAAGUGGAAAAAAAUCUGAUUUUGGGGUUAAAAAGGCAAAAAAAAGGCACAAAAAUCUGAUUUUUGGGGA